AAGUUGAAUCACAGUGAAACUGAAUCGUCCAAUAUCUUGUUUACGUUUUCAUCAUAUGACGUGUAUUCAUACGAAAAUGCACCCUUUAUAGUAUACCACAACAGUAGAAGUCAACAAUCUAUGUAAUGGCAGCUCCCUUCUUUUCAUCAGUUUGCCAGAAAGGACUGCUGCAAAAAACUUCCCAGAAAAGUUGUUAUGGAAUCAAGAGUAUUUUGCCUUCAUGCUAUUACCUGGAUGUCUGCAGACGAUACAAAAGUCACCAAUCUAUCGGACGGGACCAUAUAAAUAAAAGAUUCCUUUUUUAUUUGAAAGAUUCUAAGCUUCUAAAUCCAUCACUUUCAUCAAUUCCACGAACAGGUGGAAUUCAAUUACAGACCCAUGGAAGUUCUUCGGCACAUUCUCAUGAGUUCAUUGGUAAAAAUGUUGGACCUGUUUCAACUCCACAACUUGUGAAAUACUUGUUCAGAUACAUUUGGCCUAAGGACAAUUGGGAAAUCAAGCGCAGAGUUGUGUUAGCAUCUGGGUUGUUGGUUUCUGCUAAGCUGCUCAAUGUUGGUGUUCCUUUCCUGUUUAAACAUGCUGUGGAUCUCCUCAACACACAUUUGGAUUCACCCUUGCACCUGGGUGAUCCUCAAGCAACUAUCACUACAACUGUGUUCACCAUUCUUGUUGGCUAUGGAAUUGCCCGCGUCGGCGCAUCUGGUUUGAAUGAACUUCGAAAUGCUGUGUUUGCAAAAGUCUCCCAACAUUCUGUCCGACAAAUAGCGAAAAAUGUCUUUUCUCAUCUCCACAACUUGGACCUUGAAUUUCAUCUCAAUCGUCAAACAGGUGCCCUUUCGAAGGCCAUUGACCGUGGCAGUCGAGGCAUAAACUUCCUCCUAGCUGCCUUACUUUUUAAUGUAGUACCAACGAUUUUUGAAGUCUCGCUUGUAAGCACAAUUUUGGGUAUGCGAUGCGGUUGGGAAUUCGCCACUAUUACAUUAGGUUGCAUUGGUAUGUACACCGCAUAUACUUUGGCAAUCACUCAGUGGCGAACACGAUUCAGAGUUGCUAUGAAUCAAGCAGAGAACGAAGCGGGAAACAAGGCCAUCGAUUCUUUAAUUAAUUAUGAAACUGUGAAGUAUUUUAACAACGAAAAAUACGAAGCCGAAGAAUAUGAUAAAUCCUUGAAAAAAUACGAAGUUGCCUCUCUGAAAACCAACUCAAGUCUCGCCUUGCUCAAUUUCGGACAACAAGCAAUAUUUAGCGUUGCUCUAACUGCAGUAAUGUUGCUUUCAGCCAAACAAAUUGUCAACGGGCAAAUGACAGUCGGAGAUCUUGUGAUGGUGAAUGGACUCCUAUUUCAAUUAUCCUUGCCACUAAACUUCCUUGGCUCUGUUUAUCGGGAAGUUCGCCAAGCAGUAAUUGAUAUGCAGGUUCUUUUCGCCCUGCAAAAUGUAAAAUCUUCGAUUGCUGCCGCACCGUCGUGUCCUCCGUUGGAGUUGAAGACGUUUCGAGAAGCCUCCAUCGAUUUCCAGGAUGUCCACUUUCACUACGGAAGCAACAAAGAAAUUUUCAGCGGUUUAAACUUCAGUGUUCCAGCGGGGAAAUCGGUUGCGUUGGUGGGGGGAUCAGGUUCCGGUAAGUCUACCCUUAUAAGACUACUUUUUCGGAUGUUUGAACCGCAACAAGGAAAGAUUUUGAUUGGAGGACAAGAUAUCUGCACCGUAAAUUUAGAUAGUCUUCGCCAAGCAAUUGCAAUCGUUCCUCAGGAACCUGUGCUAUUCAACAGUAGCAUAUACUACAACUUAUCCUACGGCAAUUUCCGGAAAAGUGAAGAUGAAGUUUAUGAAGCGGCUAAAAUGGCUGGAAUUCACGAUUCGAUAAUGUCGUGGCCAAAGCAAUAUAACACUUCGGUCGGAGAAAGAGGCCUAAAAUUAUCCGGGGGAGAAAAACAACGAGUGGCGAUUGCGAGAGCAAUACUGAAAAGCUCUCCAAUCUUGAUUUUCGAUGAGGCUACAUCUUCUCUAGACUCUGUUACGGAGAGUACCAUAAUGGAAGCCUUGAAGCAAGCAACGACCAAUCGAACUUCUAUCUGCAUUGCCCACCGCUUGACCACAGUGAUUGACGCGGAUGAAAUUUUCGUACUCAAAGAAGGACGAAUUGUGGAGAGAGGAACACACCUGGAAUUGCUUGCUACUGUCGAUAGUGUUUAUGCAAAUCUAUGGAACACCCAAUUUAGAACCCACUGUUAAGUCAACCCUACCUGAAAUUAUAACAGUUCCAAAUAUUUGUGAGAUUUAUUAUUGAGAAUCAAGCUUGUUUGUUAGGUGUGAGUGGCCAUCGUUCAAGCAUUAUUGUUAGGUUAAUUGUUGAUUGCCAUUGGCAGUAGGGUCGGUUAAAACUGCUUUGUUUGCAAAGAUUAAGGAUUUUCUGCAAUCCAAUACAUCGGGGAAAGCCA